AUGGGCUUCGACGUGGGCGUGGUCCCCUUCAACCCGGACGGCUGGGGCCCUCCCGACUUGCCGGGCGCGGCGCCGCUGCUGGGCGGGGCCGUCGCGACGGCCUCGAUCCCCUUCGCGCCCUUCUCCCGCUCCGACAAGCUGGGCCGCAUCGCCGACUGGACGCGCAACCCGGGCCACCCGGGCGCGCACGGCCACCACGGCGCGGCCGCCGUCUCCCGCGACUCGGUCUUCGACUUCUCCUCGGCCGACGACUCGCUCGCCGCCGCCGCCGAGGACUCGUCCUUCAGCCUCGUCGACGCCAAGCCGCCGCCCAAGCACCCGCGCUUCGGGCCCAAGUGGCGCUUCAACCAGCGGCCCCAGCUCCCCCAGCGCCGCGACGAGGAGGUCGAGGCCAAGCGCCGCGAGGCCGAGAAGGAGCGCGCCCGCCGCGAGCGCCACUACCAGAACCACCGCUCCCACCACCACCAGGGAUUCCGCGGCAACCAGCAGAACACCGCCAAGCCCUCCGUCGACAUCCAGCCCGACUGGACCAUCCUCGAGCAGAUCCCCUUCGCCAACUUCACCAAGCUCUCCUUCGCCGUCGCCGACCAGCCCGAGGACCUGCUCGUCUGCGGCGCCGUCGACUCGUACGACCGCGCCUACGACCGCGUCAACCCCAAGACGGCCCGCCGCCUCGAGCGCUUCAAGAACCGCCAGUUCUUCAAGAUCACCACCACCGACGACCCCAUCAUCCGCCGCCUCGCCGAGGAGGACAAGGCCACCGUCUUCGCCACCGACGCCAUCCUCGCCGCCCUCAUGUGCACGCCCCGCAGCAUCCUCUCCUGGGACAUUGUCGUGCAGCGCGUCGGCAACAAGCUCUUCUUCGACAAGCGCGAGGGCUCCCAGCUCGACCUGCUCACCGUCAACGAGACUGCGCAGGAGCAGCUCCCUGAGAACAAGGAUGACAUCAAUUCCGCGCCCGCCCUUGCUGUCGAGGCCACCUACAUCAACCAGAACUUCUCGCAGCAGGUGCUGGUGCGUGAUGGCGAGAAGGUUACCUUUGAUGAGCCUAACCCGUUUGCCUCUGAGAAUGAGGAGGCGGCGCCUGUUUGCUACCGUUAUCGCCGCUGGAAGCUUGACGACGAUAUUAGCAUCAUUGCCCGCUGUGAAGUGCAUGCUGCUGGUGUUGAUCCGAGUGGUGCUCGCCAGUUCCUCACUCUUAAUGCACUCAAUGAGUUUGAUCCUAAGAUUACUGGGGUUGACUGGAAGCAGAAGCUCGAGUCCCAGCGUGGUGCUGUGCUUGCUACAGAGCUCAAGAACAAUGCCAACAAGCUCGCUCGCUGGACUGCCCAGGCUUUACUAUCUGGCGCAGACAUGAUGAAGUUGGGUUACGUGUCACGUGUGCACCCCCGCGACCACUUCAACCACUCCAUACUCACUGUGAUGGGCUACAAGCCAAGGGACUUUGCUACCCAGAUCAACCUCAACACUGCAAACAUGUGGGGCAUUGUCAAGUCGAUUGUGGACAUAUGCAUGAAGUUUGAAGAGGGAAAGUAUGUGCUUGUGAAAGAUCCUGCCAAGCCACAGAUGAGGAUUUAUCAGGUUCCUAAUGAUGCAUUUGAGAAUGAUUAUGUUGAAGAGCCACUUCCAGAGGAGGAGCAGAUUCGUCCGGCUACAGAUGAUGUCGAUGCUACUGCACAGGAGAUGGAUGCUGCUGCCGAGGCAGAGGCUAAUAAAGCAACUACUCAGGGUGGUGAUGGUGAGAAGAGUGCAGAUGCUGCUGCUGCUUGA